UGUUGUUUAAGAAGUGAAAAUGAAAGUAAGGCGCUAAUCUAUUGCUGGUAAAUUGUGGAGAGAACACAAAAACGCUAAGUGAAAAAAUUGCUAGUUGGCGGCCAACAAUUGGGAAGCCAAACAUGAAGAGAUGCUAUGCUUUAACAACAGGCAACACUUUUGGUUGUCAUAUGGACUUAAUGCAACAACUAACUGAAGAAGGUUUAACUGAAGUAAAGUCCCAGGAGGAGUGUGAUGUCAUCAUAGCUUUCUGUCCCAUUAUCAGUCGUGUUGGGGCCGACAUUCAAGAUGCCUUAAGUAUAAUCCCUAAAGGUAAAUCUGUCAUCCUGGUGGUGCUGCACCACACCUUCAACACAGACUACACUAUACCUGACAUCAGCAGACAUGUGACCAGAAGUGAUGUCAUCCUCACAGUGCACUGUCUGUUCCACGACAGUCAGGGAGGACUACUGCAAUGUUUUCACAACAAAGCAGCUGUCAAAAAAUUGAUCAAGGAGCUGAUACCAUCGAAUUCAGGUUCUGUGAAAAGAAAAUUUCCAGACAUGCCUUUGCUUCGGAAAUGUAAUCCAAAAGGGGAGAAGUAUACCAGUGAAUCCAACCAGAUGAAGGGAGACCCCACUCUGAGGAGCAUACAUGAACAACUUUCCAAGAUCAAAUCCUUAAUAGAAAAUGCCAUACAAGGCCAUACAAUAAAGUAUUUCUUUAAUUCAGAUCGAAAACAACUACUGGAAAAUUGUAAGAGAGAGGUCGAUGCUCUAAUAACAGACUUGGAGGAUCAUAGCCUAAUAAAGAACUCGGAGCUAGAAGAAAUGAGGCAAAAAAUAGAAAAGUGGGACCAAUGGAAGCUAGACAUGGAGAAUUUUUACGCCUUGGUAACAGGCAACACUUUGGAUUCUCACGAGGACAUAAUCAGACAUGUAAAUAACAGCGGUUUAACUAAAGUGAAGACGCCACAGGAGAGUGAUGUCAUCAUAGCUUUCUGUCCCAUUGCUAGUCGUGUUGGGACUGAUAUUGAAGAUGCCCUUACAAAGAUUCCUGAAGGUAAACCUGUGAUCCUGGUGGUGCUUCAUCACACUUUCAAAACAGACUACACUUCCCAAAACAGCAGCAGAUAUGUGACCAGGCGUGAUGUCAUCCUAACAGUGGACUGUCUGUUUCAUGACACUGUUAAGGGGCUACUGAAAUGUCCUCAAAAUGACACAGCUGUCAAGGACAUUCUCAGGAAGCUGCCAUCUGCAGUCAAGACAGAGAGAGAACACAAAGGAGCACAAGACAGAAACGCUCAACAAGAAGAAACAAACAAACAGCAACACAGAGACAGCCUGAACAUACCAGAAAGGGAGAAGUAUACCAGUGAAUCCAACCGGAUGAAGCGAGACUCCACACUGAGGAGAAUAAAUGAACGACUUCCCAAGAUUAAAUCCUUAAUAGAAAAUGCCUUGAAAACCAAAACAAGUUUAUUUGGUUAUGGAGAAUCACACAAACCACUACUGGAAGAUUGUAAGAGAGAGGUGGAAGCUCUAACAAAGGACUUUCAAGAACAUAACCAAGUAACGGACCAACUGAAGGAAAGAUACCACGAGAAUGACAUGAAUCAGAGACAAGAACAGUUGGUCAACAAACUGAUGUUACAAGUUAAACAACCGGAAGUUAAGAAUGAAACACUUCUCAGAAGAGAACUGGAACAACUGAAGGACAUAAUGCGAGUUCAAACUGAACAAUUAGAUGAAUGUAACAAACAACUAGAUGCUAGAAACUCGGAGCUGGAAAAUAUGAGGCAACAAAUGAAAAAGAGGGACCAACAACUGAAGGGUCUCCAGGAUGAACUUUGUAAGGAAAGACGAAACAAAAUUAAAUGUGAGGAACGGCAAGUGGUGAAUGAUCCAUCAAAAAAUGCUGAACUUGCACAGCAACUGAAGGAUCUGAUGAAAGACGUUCUAAAAAGUGAGGCCUCGGCCAAGGACAAUGCACAGCAACUGACUGAUCUAAGAAACAAAACAGACAGAUUGGUGUGUGAGUAUUUGGACCGGGGUCAUGAUGAGGAGGAGAGCCAGAUGGAGAACGCUGCCAGUGAGGGGGAGAGACGGCUGGAGGGUCCGGGGGAGAACCAUGAGAAGAAGAACAUGCAGCGUGAGGGGGAGAACCAGGAGAAGAAGAACAAACAGCCUGAGGGGGAGAACCGGGAGAAGAAGAACAUGCAGCGUAAGGGGGAGAACCAGGAGAAGAAGAACAUGCAGCCUCAGGGGGAGAACCAGGAGAAGAAGAACAUGCAGCCUAAGGGGGAGAACCAUGAGAAGAAGAACAAGCAGCCUGAGGGGGAGAACCAGGAGAAGAAGAACAUGCAGCCUAAGGGGGAGAACCAGGAGAAGAAGAACAUGCAGCCACAGGGGGAGAACCAGGAGAAGAAGAACAUGCAGCUACAGAACCUCCAUGUCCCGCUGCAGGAGCAAGAGUCUGAAUGGGAGGUGAGAGACCGGAGUUUGAGAGAGAAGGAUGAAGAGCUAAAAAACAGCAUCAGAAUGGAGAAAUAUGAAGGGAGCAUGGAGAGCUGUUACACGUUUGUAACAGGACGCACUUUGGGAUCUCACAAAGACUUAAUGAGUCAACUAACGAAGGAAGGAAUAACUGAAGUUUUGACACAUAAGGAGUGUGGUGUCGUCAUAGCUUUCUGUCCCAUUGUCCUACUUCGUGCUGAGUUUGAUAUUAAAGAGGCAUGUGAAAAGAUCCCUAGAGGUAAACCUGUCAUCCUGGUGGUGCUGUCCCACACCAUCAACCUACACCACACUAUACCUGACAUCAGCAGACAUGUGACCAGAAGUGAUGUCAUCCUCACAGUGCACUGUCUGUUUAACGGCAGUGAGGGAAGACUACUGAAAUGUCCUCACAAUGAAGCAGCUGUCAAACAAAUCCUCAAGAUGCUUGCACAUACUGGUAUACUAGGAAAGAGAAGAGGAAGCAAAACAUGUCUGACAGCCCAUCACUGAAGAGACAGAACACCUCAGAGGACUCUGGCUUCAGUUUGGAGGACUGGCUGGUCCGAACAGGAAGUCAGAGGACUCUGGCUUCAGUGUUGGAGGACCGGCUGGUCUGAACAGGAAGUCAGAGGACUCUGGCUUCAGUGUUGGAGGACCGACUGGUCUGAACAGGAAGUCAGAGGACUCUGGCUUCAGUGCUGGAAGACUGGCUGGUCUGAACAGGAAGUCAGAGGACUCUGGCUUCAGUGUUGGAGGACCGGCUGGUCCGAACAGGAAGUCAGAGGACUCUGGCUUCAGUGCUGGAGGACUGGCUGGUCUGAACAGGAAGUCAGAGGACUCUGGCUUCAGUGCUGGAAGACUGGCUGGUCUGAACAGGAAGUCAGAGGACUCUGGCUUCAGUGUUGGAGGACCGGCUGGUCCGAACAGGAAGUCAGAGGACUUCUAUUAGAUAGAUAACAGGUGUGUUAGGUUGAAUAAAGAGGGACAUAACAUUCACACAUUAUUCACAAAAAAUUGGCAGAUUGAACUCAGACAGUAUUUAACUUAACCCAUUUUUUAAACUUGCAUAUAAACUUAAGAAACUCCUUUUUAUUCCUUUUCAUUUUCUGUGUAAUACAUAGUUAUGGUUAAUUUGUUUCAAUACAUUUCCAGGAAACACCUAGAGUUAACUAUUUCAGUUUAGUGUUCUACACAUCCUUUUUGUUUAGUCAUUUCUGGGUUACAAAAAUGUGUACAAUUAUGCAUUUGUAUUGUCUGUAACUCCAACCCUCCAUAUUUGAAUACUUCAUGUACCAUGGGGUACACUUAUUGUUCCCCUAGAACCUGCUAUAGUGAAACUGAGAAUUUAGAGACAAAUAAAACUGGUUUAUAUCUUUCUCCACAAGAUGGCAGGACAGAACUGGUAAUCCGGUUUCCAUCAACAGAGGAGUCUUAAUAAUAGCAGGAAUGUAAAAAUAAGUUUGAACAUGAUUAUAGUAGACGUAUGCUGUGCAUGUGCAAGUUAUGUGUUUUUUUCCUCAUUUGAAAGGAUGGGUCUGUGUUUUUCAACAGUUUACUGCACGAAAAUCAUUUCUAUAGUAAGCAUUACGUUUUAUAAUUAUUUGAAAAGAUCACUGCCUUAAACAUGAAUGUUGUUUAACAUUAAAAUAACAUUUAGAUUUA